AUGAGGUUCCCUACCGCAGUCACUGCCGGUCUCUUGGCCACUGGAGUCACAGCCUUUGACAAGUACCAACCCUGGGGCAAACGCGACUACUCCUGCAUCAACGUCUACCAAGGCAUCCCCGAGAACGCAACCGUGACGGCCGGUCAAGAAAUCGAACUGCGUUGGAACCGCGAGCCCACCACUCACUGCACCAACCCGCUCGCUGAGUACCCGGCCAGCAACUACUCCAUCUGGCUGUGGAACAACCCCCAACGAGUGCCCAACUCGAUCCACGACGACGCACAGGUGAAGGUUGUCAACAACAUCCCGGCCUCGGCGAACAAGGUGUCGAUUCAGAUUCCGACCGAUUUGCCCAAGGUGAAGGAUGAGUCGGUUUGGUAUUUAAGGCUGGAUACUACCUUGGCCACUGCGCCUCAGAUGCCUUCUAUUUUCAGCGCAGCCGGCCCAUUCACCAUUACCACUGAGAAGGCCUAA